AUGAUGAUACUGCAACCACUUCCAUCGUCAGCUGCAACAGUGGCAGUCGACAAGGCGACCAGCGAGCUUUUAAACACUCCCGAUUGGACUCUCAACAUUAAUAUUUGUGAUUCUCUUAAUUCUAAUCCCAGGCAAAGAAAGGAUUUUGUAAAGGCAGUGAAAAGAAGGUUGCAACACAAGAAUUUUAAAGUGCAAUUACUUGCUUUGACGCUUUUGGAGAUGAUGGUGAAGAAUUGUGGAGACUUUGUCCAUUAUCAGAUUGAUGAAAGAGAAGUAUUGCGGGAUAUGAUCAAAAUUGUGAAAAAGAAGGCAGAUGCAAGAGUGAGGAAUAAAAUAUUGGGAUUGUUAGAGUCAUGGCAGGAGGAAUUCGGUGGUCGUACUGGUGAACAUCCUCAGUAUUAUUGGGCAUAUCAAGAGCUAAAGCGUUCAGGCGUAUCAUUUCCCGAGCCGUCGGCGAAUGCGGUCCCUAUCAUUGCACCACUGGCUAAGCGUCAUCCUGCUAAUGGAACGCCAAGCAGUUCUUCUAAAAGGGUUGAAGAAGAAACAAUGGCCACUCACAUUGAAAAUUUAAGUUUGUAUAGCUUGGACUCUAUAAAGGAUGCUAUGGAUCUCCUAGGUGACAUGCUCCAGGCUGUAAACCCUAGGGACCAUUCUGCAGUGAAAGAUGAAGUAAUAGUUGAUAUUGUCAACCAGUGUCAUUCUAACCAAAAAAGGCUGAUGCAGAUGCUUACAAAUACUGGGGAUGAGAAACUAUUAGCUAGGGGCCUUGAGCUAAAUGAUGGUCUGCAAAGCUUACUUGCCAAGCAUGAAUCCAUAUGUUCAGGUACAAUUCAAGUUACUACUAGCGUAAGCUCCAAGCCAACCGAAGCGAUUGCAGUCGAAAUAUCGAACGAGGCAAAGAACUCAAGCCCACCGUCGAAUAUCCGUCAACCUGCGGGUGUUACUUUUGUGACAAGAAACCUGAUCGAAGAAGACGAAGAAGAUUUGGCGCAGCUAACUAGAAGGUGUUCGAGACGAGAGUCGAGGUCAUCUCAGAGCACAUCUGCCGGAACAAAGGACUCUCUCGUGCUGGUCAAUGAACCGAUUGUGACGACAACUUCAUACGAGCCAUCUGGUUCAGCCACUGAUGAUCUUUGCAAAGCAUUAGCUUUGUCAUCGGAUUCAGCCCCACAAGAAACCACCACAAAAGAGCAAGAACUGAUCGAUGCUCUAACCGUGACAUUGUCAUCAUCAUCAUCAGCUUCACCACCCCAUAACCCUAUUUCUCCACCACCUGCGAUUCACCAAAACAUGAACCAUCCGGUUCAGGUCCCUCAUGGACCACUGCCAUACGACAGCUACAUUGUUCCAUGGGCUCAGCCUCAAGUUCAACCACAAUACCAGCCACAAAACCACUCAAAUCCACUGGUUUUAGGCCAGCAAACUCAGUAUCAUCCAUACACAUAUCCACUCCCAAAAUGGGCAAACACUCCAGGCUAUUUCACUGGUGCAAAUAUGUGUGAUUCGUUCGCCAUGAACGCAAGCAAUGGUGAUGCUUGGGGGACUCCGAUGUUGGCAGAGAAGCCUUACAUUCCUCCCUACAGAUUGUUUGAGGAUUUGAAUGUGCUUGGAAAUGGAGGUGGAAGACUUAAGAUGAAGAGCCAUAGUUCUUCUAGUUCUACCCAAAGCAUGGUUGGUGAAAGGAAGUAG